CUUCUAAAGGUCAUGACGUCACUCAAAUCGAGGCUCCCCUGUCAAGAUGGCGGCGUUUGAGGAAAUGGGCGUUAUGCCGGAGAUCUCAAAGGCCGUGGAGGAGAUGGAUUGGUUGCUCCCGACAGAUAUCCAGGCUGAGUCCAUUCCUCUGAUCUUAGGAGGGGGUGACGUCCUGAUGGCAGCAGAGACUGGCAGUGGUAAAACUGGAGCCUUCUCCAUACCAGUGAUCCAGAUUGUACAGGAGACUUUGAAGGACGAACAAAAUCCAAAGAUCAGGAAAGCUGGAGUUUCAGCGACUAUCAAUAAAUGGCAGAUCAACCCAUACGACCGGGGUCUCUCCCUGGCGGUCAGCCCAGAUGGACUGUUGGUCCAGUGUCGGGAACAGAAGGAGUGGCAUGGUGGGCGGUCAACCAAGGGUGUAGUCAACAAAGGAAAGUAUUACUAUGAAGCUACAGUAACUGAUGAAGGCUUGUGCAGAGUGGGGUUUUCUACUUCCAAGGCAAACCUGGACCUCGGCACAUGCAAAAGCGGUUUUGGGUUUGGUGGAACUGGGAAGAAGUCGUUUGGUCGUCAGUUUGACACCUAUGGAGAGCCUUUCGGUAAAAAUGACACCAUUGGAUGUUACUUGGACCUAGACAAUGGAACUAUCAGCUACUCCAAGAAUGGAAGUGAUCUUGGUAUUGCGUUUGAGAUCCCUCCCCAUCUGAGGAAACAGCCCAUAUUCGCAGCUGUGGUGCUCAAGAAUGGAGAAAUGCAGUUCAACUUUGGAGACACUGCCUUCAACCAUCCUCCCCAAGGCAACUACGUAGCCCUGACCAGAGCACCUCCAGACUGUGUGGUCAAGUCAGUCAACACAGUUGGUGGUGAAGCCAAGGGUGGUGUAGCAUCGUCCCACAGUAAGCCACAGCCAAAUGCUCCAAAGGCCCUCAUCAUUGAGCCCUCCAGAGAAUUAGCUGAACAGACACUGAACAAUGUCAAGAUGUUUAAAAAACACAUCAAUGACCCUCCAAUAAGAGAACUGCUUAUCAUUGGUGGUGUACCUGUAAGAGACCAACUACAAAUCUUGGACAAUGGGGUGGAUAUUGUAGUGGGAACACCUGGUCGGCUGGAAGAACUAAUCUCAACCGGCAAGCUGCUCCUCUCACAAGUGCGAUUCUUUGUACUGGAUGAAUGUGAUGGGCUCCUAUCUGCAGGCUAUGGCCAGUUUAUCCAGCGCUUACACGACUCCAUGACUAAGGUGUUUGCAGAUGGUAAAAGGCUCCAGAUGAUUGUGUGCUCUGCAACCCUGCAUUCCUUUGAUGUGAAAAAGAUGGCUGAAAAGCUGAUGUAUUUCCCAGUGUGGGUUGAUCUGAAGGGGGAGGACAGUGUGCCAGAAACUGUUCAUGCUGUGGUGACCAAGGUAGACCCAGUGAGGGACACCUACUGGCAGCACUGUGGGAGGAACCAUGUGGAGACGGAUGGCAUUCACAAUAAGGACAACGUACAUCCCGGCAACAACACUCCGGAAACCCUAUCUGAGGCAGUGAAGAUCCUGAAGGGAGAGUACACUGUCAGGGUCAUCAAGGAACACAAGAUGGACAUGGGCAUCAUCUUCUGUCGCACCAAGCUGGACUGUGAUAACAUGGAGAGAUACUUCAUCAGGAUGGGCGGAGGACCCAAUAGCUCAGGCCACCAGUUCUCAUGUGUUUGUCUUCAUGGAGACAGAAAACCACCAGAAAGGAAGAAAAAUCUACAGUUGUUUAAGGACCGUAGAGUCCGUUUCCUGAUCUGUACUGAUGUUGCAGCUCGAGGUCUGGAUGUUAAAGGGAUUCCAUAUGUUAUCAAUGUUACUCUGCCCCCUUCUGAUGAGAAGCAGAACUACGUGCACAGAAUUGGUCGUGUUGGCAGAGCCGAUAGAAUGGGUCUUGCCAUCAGUUUUGUGUCCACUGUUAAGGAAAAGGUCUGGUACCACGGCUGUCCCAGCAGAGGGAGGGGCUGUUACAACACCAGGCUAACCUCCCAGGGCGGCUGUGCCAUCUGGUUUGACGAGCCCCAGUACCUGGCAGACAUCGAAGAACACCUGGGGGUGAUUAUCCAGCAGGUGGAGGCAGACAUGAAGGUCCCCGUGGAUGAGUUUGAUGGAAAGGUGGUGUACGGGCAGAAGAGGAAGGCUGGGGGUGGGUCGUACAAGGGCCAUGCAGCCCAGCUGGCCCCCACUGUGAGCGAGCUGGCAGAGUUGGAGAGAAUGGCACAGACAUCCUACCUGAGCCUCAAAGAAAACCAACAGACCUUGUUUAAACUGUAAAACAAGAGAUUCUACAGGCAGAAUCUCACAAUGUCUUCCUUCUCUGGCAUGUGCAUUUUUAUUUGAGCCAAAACAGCAAGCUACAGCAGAAGUUCUGAUGUAACGUUUAAGGAAUGAGCAGCAAAAUUUGAUUUCUGAAUCCCAAAACUGCAAAAUGAUGUUUUUUGUUUGUUUGUUUUCGGUACGUACCAAUACUGUUUCUGGCAGGGCUUGGGAAGAUGGACAUAUUGGGAAGAAAAGUGCCAACUGAUCUCAGAGGACUGAAGAAAAAAGGAAGAUCUAGAGACCUCCUUCCCUCAACUGCUGUGUUACUAAGUGUUUAGUAUUGAAAGAACAUACCAGGGAAGCUGAAACUGGAAGAGGAAAUAUGCUUUUCCCAGUGUCCUUUUAUUGUAGCUCUGCUAUAAUAAUACAUAUUGCUGUUACCAAGUAACCAGUUGUAAAACUGAAGACAUUGUUCAAAGAAAAAUGCAACAAACUAAGCAUGGUCAGGUGACUAACCAGACCAUGAAAAUAGUAAAUAAAUGCUGCUCUGCAAACAA